AUGCAAGUGCUUAAGAAUGUUGUAGAAGUUGAACGUGGAAAUGAAUUCAUGGAUUCUUUAGCAGCAAAAGGUGCAAUGUGUAAAAUUGAGAAGCAUAUUUUUAGUAUUCGGAAACUUGGCACAUUGCUACCUGAUGCUGCAUGCAUCGCUCCGCAUCCUGAGCUUUGCACCCGUGCUCAUGGCCCGCUCUCGUCCCGUGUGCGCAGCCCGACGAAAGCCGGCGGCAGCAAGCUGGAGAUGCUGUCGAACGUGAAGGGCCAGAUGUCGAGCUGGUUGUCGACGGGCAUCACGGGCAUCCAGGGGCUGCGCCGGAACGAGGAGACGGUGCCCGACCCCGUGGGGCUGCCGCCGGUGGGCGACCCGGCCCCGCCGCCCGCGGCGGCCGGCGCGACGGCCAUGGGCGGCGGCAGCGGCGGCGUGGGCGGCCUGGCCCCGGCCGACGGCCAGAUGGGCGUGGAGUCGCCCGCAUCCGAGAAGUCGGUAAAGGGCUCACCUGUCGAACAGAAGGAGGACGACGACUCCAGGAUAUUCUUUGUUCUUUAUGAUGAAGUGCACCACUGUUCCUGGGGCACCGAUUGCACUCCUGGUGGUAGCUGGAAUCGGCCACUUCGUUACUUCUGGGAAAGGAAGCGAGUGCUGAAGGAUGGUGGUGAACGUUGCCAUGCCACCGGCGGCGCGGACAGCGACGUGGCAGCCUCCGAACCCGGCACCCCCGGGGAGGACAAGGACGGAGCCCACGCCCUCGGCGGGGUAUCCACGAAAGCUUUGCAAGGAGCUAAGUCUAUAGGCAGCUUUCUAUUUUCUGCUGUGAACAAGGCGGGCAAAACGGUGACUGAAGCAACAACCAAAAUAAAGAAAACCGUGGAGGAAAAUGGUGGAGGAGGAAGAGGCACUUAUGUCGGUCUGAAAGCCGCGGAACAUGGCCGUUUGGCCGCCGCCGCUCGCACGUCGCCGCUGGCUGGCCGAAAGGCCGCCCGUGCCCGCGCUAAACCCAGCCCACUGCGCGGUGGCGGCGGGGGCGGUGGGGCGGCGCUCUCGUUAUCCAAAGGUGCAGAUUGCCGCGUGGUGGGAGGGCCGGCCGGGGGGCGAUCGUUUAAGCCUCGCCACAUAAUCGCGCCGUGCGCCUUCUCGGAAAUUGCCGCGCUGUAA